GCACACGUUCAGAGCUUUAAAGUUUGCCGUCGGUGCCAAUGUGUACUUGGUUUGUAAAAAAAAUGAAAUGAAAUUAUAUGUUAUUCGAUUAUAUACCUACACAAAAAUCUGAAUUCAGAAUUGGAAAUGGAUAACACAAAAUGUAGAAUAUUCUAUCAUUGUUUACUUCUUUUCACUUAAUUGGUUUAUGAACACCAUUAACAUGAUCUGCAAACAGGACUAAUUAUUGUGUUCAACAACAUUUCAAAAUGGUGAUACAGCGAAGUGUAAAUGUGAAUGAAUCGACUGCUACAAAUUCUAAUUUGGAACCGAAUCCAAAUUCUUCUUGGAGUGUCCAAGGACCUAAGACUUUAAGUAUACGUAUGACUGGCAAUAUGCAGGCGAAACCGCCAAUCACACGGCAAAUAGCCAUAAACACUUUAGCAGCUAUGCAUCGUCGAUUCAGUCUUCCCGGACCAGUGCAACCCCAUUCCAGACCAAUUGCCGAAUUCCGUGCAAGUGCAAAUAAAUCACUUGAUAUAUUGAGACAAACCAUACAGUCAUCGGUAACUCGGGAAAUAGAUCAAGUCAUAAAAAAAUAUUUGGAGAAAUUCUUUGUCCCUGCAGUGAAUAAUAUCAGAUUGAAUUUAGGUGAUGAAUCAGUUAGUGAAGAUCAGGUAAGAGCUGUUUGCAGAGCUAUGCUGGAUGCCACACGUUUACUAUAUACCACCCCACCUCGAACAUUUCAGACUUCACAAGAAACAAUUGAUGACACAAGCCAAAAUAUUGAAAACAAAUUAAGUAAAUAUACAAGUAGCACUUCACAAAAUAAACGAAAGGAUAUUGACCUUGAACUGGAUUUAAAAGCUAAAAAAAUAAAACAAGAGGAGGGUAGUGAUAGUGGUCGUUCUUCACCAAUUAUGUCUCCUGCAAUUAGAGAUCCAGACAAAUGGAAUCCAGCUAGGCUUACCCAGGAUACUCUUUUUAUAAUGGGGUCACAUGCACAUAAGGUACUUGGGCUUGGCAACUCUCGUGGUCGCUUGUAUACUAGACACGCUGGGCUAUUGAGAUAUCCAGCUGAUAGUGCUGACAAAGAAUGGAUUGCCAGCCAUAAUCUUGUCAAUGCAGUUGGUGGUAAAACUUAUAUCAUGGUUUUAGAAGAUAUAGAAGAGCUCGCUACUAGUGAUGCAUAUAAACAUAACUCAUUGCCUCUACUUGGAGAAUUAACUGGGUUCAGAGUUCCACCUUUUAUGCUGAGGAAGAUAAAGGCAUAUGUCCUAAAAAGAGCUAUGAGUGGGGAUUUAAGUAAUGCUGAUAGUCCACAACCCUCCACCAGCAAUAAUCAAGAGGAUAAGUUUAAAAUAGAAGAUAUAAAAAUAGAGGCUCAUGAUGAUUUUGACUCUGCUAAUUUUAAUGCUAGUCAGUAUAUGAAUAAUUCAGAUGGUGCAGGAGUAUCCCAUGCUAAUGAUUUUGCUGAUAUAAAAGUUGAGGAUAUUGAUGAUAUUAAAGUAGAUUCAAUCAAAAUGGAGGAUUUAGAUGAUAUGAAAGUUGAUGGAAUCAAAGUAGAAGAUUUAGAAGCGAAUGGAAUUAAAGUUGAAAACAUUGAUGAUAUUAAUGUAGAUGCAAUAAAAGUUGAAGAUAUUAAAUUAGAAAAUGAUGAUGCAUUUGAUAUGUGCAAACAAUCGGAUAAUGAUGAAAACAGUCUAGUGGAUGGUUUGUUAGAGGCAGAUAUCGAGUUUCUUAGUCGUAAUUUAGGCAAUAUCGAGAGUGAUGCCGAUGCCAGAAAAACUAUUGAGAAUCUAACUGGAGCUAAUCCUGACACUAUAACUUUGGUUGGCGAUGAAUUUGAUCUUGGAAGCACACUCAAUACCAAUUUUUCAGGCGGGCAGAACACAAAAUGCAUUACAGUGGCGUCAACUACAAGCGGCAUGAUACACAGCGUGCCCGUGGCCCACAUAUCGGCGCCGCGCAUAACGGGCAGCACCGUCCACUACUACACCAGUUCCGGUAUACAGGGUGCUCAGAGAACGGUGCAUCAUCUGCCACAGGCCACCGUCACCAUACAGAGCAUACCCGGCUCCACUUCGCAGAUGAUAAGGGGCAUACCGUACAACGCAAAGUCCGGCACCAUCAGCACAGUGAUGUCACAAGGAACAGCCAACACGAUCAUCGGCUUCGGUACUCGGACCUCUAACGCGACUAUAAUAAGUACCCCCACCCAAUACGUGAACGUCACCUCCAAAUCAUUCCCAACUGGUAACAUCCUCCAUAACGCGAUUAUGUCCAAAAAUAUAGUCAACAACACGACCCCAGGCAUUUCCUUCAAUGUAACCACCGUUCAACCACCAACCACCGUGGCUAACAAUAAAUGCGACUUCGAUACAAUUUCAACGACUAAAGACAUGAUAGAUAACGCGUGUAACUCUUCGGUAAUGUUGAAGAAAGUAUUGACACUGGGCAGUACGGGUUCUGCCAAAUCAUUUAUCAUGCACAAUACCCAAAAGGUGUUGUCCACCGGCUUUGCUACCGGUUCCACGCCCCCCCCAAAUGUUACCAUUGUCAGUUCCGGCUCGAGUGGUAUGUUGAACAGUGGUAUGGGCAAUUCGAACAUUGUCUGCCCGGCUUCGGGCAAUCUGAGCGCUACGCACGCAACAUUAUCCGCUCUGUUGGCGACCAGCGCUGAGAGUAACCAGGCAAGUAAGAAUUAAUCAUAAUAAUUUACGGCUGAUUUACUUUAAACACUACAGGAACGAUAUUUUUAGAGUUAUUUGAAUUUUCUCACACACACUGAUCUAUAUUUUUUGAAAAUAGAACGUGAUUUCUGAUUGUAUUUAUUAGCAUAUAAAAACGUUUCAUGUUAUUUUUUUAUAUUUGUUUUCAUACAGAAAUGUAUGCUUUGAUAUUUGGGAUUUGAUAAAGGUGUGACAUUUUGAAUACUACAUUUCGUUAUAACAUUGUAAUGUAUGAAUUCGUAAACAAUUCCCUUAAAUUGUCGUUUAUCUUGUGAUCGUCAGACAUUGAUAGUUUAAGAUCACUUUCGACUUAAUUCUAAUUGACGUAUUUAAGAUUCAUCCCAAUCAUUACUUCAAUGUUGGGGCUUUUGAAUGAUGUUUUUUGUUGUUUGCACAUUCAAUGUUGAAAUCGAUUAUUGUAUCGGAAAAAAUAAGACUAUUAUUAUAAGUACGAAGAGUAUUAUCUACCUCGUUACGUUACCUGACUGUUUUAUGAUUUUGUUAAGAUAGUCGUUAUAUUUAUACAAAUUAGCAUAUUGUCUGAGUUUAAGCGUGUUUUGAAAUAGUUGAAAAGAAAUGAAGAUAAUAUAAUUGUUCUUAUUUCAAAAGCAAUUGCAUCUAUAAGUUAAUUUGGUAGAAUUAAGAGCAUAUACUAUGUAUAUAUAUUAUUUAAUUUCUUUCAAUUUGAUGCGUAAUUGAAUGUUAAACCAAACUUCGCUCUAGAAUGUGUGUCGAUGUGAAUUUAUUGUGGUAUUUUAGGGUAUGAACAUCAUUAUAGCUGUGGAAUUUAACUUACUACUUUACAAGCAGUUUAGAUCUGAUAAUCUCUAUCUUACCAAAUAAUAACUGUAAGUAGUUAGGUAUUUCAUGUGUAGGAUAACAACCCAUAGUUUAUAGCUUAAACAUCAUUGGCUGAUGAUGAUAUCAGCCCAUUCUUGUUGCCACUGCAGGGGCACCGCUUCCUAAGCGUUUAGAUUAUAAUUCUUUAAGGCUAAGUGCGUGUAGGCAGAUGUCGCAUAUCGUCGAACUUUUUGAUUCUUGGACAUGCCUUUUUUUUUUUUUAUAGUGGGGAAAUCUUGCAUAGAUACCCACGGCCCCCGGGGAAGAGGUCGGUUUCUUCGCGAUGUUUUCCUUUGUUGUUUCGAGCAGUGGUGAUGUGGAUGAUGCGUAGAUAACUUGAAAAAACAAAUUAUGUAUUUCCUGCACGCUUGUCUGAAAUCUAGAGACUGAUCUCUAGUUCUCUAGAUCUUUCUUUUCGAUUUAAGUCCGAGGUCCUUGCCACUAAAUAACAAUAAUUUUAUAUACGUAAGAUAAUAUAUAUUUAUUUAUUUAUUAUAUAUUACUGUAGAAUCUCGUUAAUUGGUAAAUCUUAUCAAUAAAUCCUACGAUUUUUCGAAGUAAUGCAUUUAGUUACAAAGUGGUGACAAGACCUCUUCAGGAGUUUCUGUCUUUUUAAACGAGAUUUUUUUAUUUAAGUAAGAACUUCGGACAAUUCAACAUUAAGUAAAAUAAGUAAAUAGUACCCUUUUUUGCGUCUUUCGUAGGAAUAUGUUCAAUUUAUUCGAGGAACAUCAAUCCUGCAUUCUAAAAUUUUUCGAAUUGUCAAUAAACAAUAAAACAUAUUCUUUCUAGCAUAACCAUAGUCUGUAACAUAAGGUCUGCUUUAGGAAGAUAAGGCCACAUAGAGCGGAGUCUGAAAAUAUGACCCGAUGUUUUCAUAUUGAUUUAUAAUUAUUAUUUAAUUAUAAUUAAUAAUUGUUGUUAUUGAUUUUGUUUGUAUUGAGAAAGUGUUCGCUUAGCUUUAAUAUCUUGACUGAUGGAAAACAUGUAUUUUGUUAUUUCGUAUUUUUGUGUGAUCAAGGCUGUGCUUUAUAUGUUAAGAAAAUCCUAUACACGUUUAUUUAUAUUUUUUGUUGUGUUGAGUUUGUUGUUUUAUAGUGUUUUUUUUUGUAUUUUAAUUCGUGAGCUGUGUUAACGGUACACUUGUUAGGCUUGCUGAUUAUAGCUUAUUAAUUAAUCUCGCAUUUAUUGAUCUCGCUUUUAUUAUUUCUUUACUAUGCAGUUAUUUUGGCUGUAUGUUUUGUUUUAGGUAAUAAAAAUAGAAAGAUUAAAAAUAGUUCCCAAUAUAUUAAUAAGUAAUAAUAUUUUGAGAGGAUUCGGUUGUCUCGCAACUUAAUUUUGUGCAUUGGUUAACAUGACGUAGAACAAAUGCUUUGUAAUAAGCCUCUCUUGUCGUUACCUACUUUUUAUUAUUUAGCACUAGCUGCACCCCGCUGUUUCAUACGCGGAAGCCCGUAUCCCGUAAGUAUAUCGGGAUAAAGAGUUGUCUAUAAUAUGUUAUUCCAAUUGUCCAGCUGUCUACGUACCAAAUUUCAUUUUGUAGUUACCCUUUAAUUCGAAAGAAGUCCUUUAAAACCGACUUUACAAAAGGAGAGGUUAUUAAGUCGACCGUAUUGUUUUGUGUGUUUGUUACCUCUCGUCUUAUCACUGGUUGAACCAAUUGUUAUGAUUCUUUUUUUAUUUUUUAAGCUGGUGCCUCCCAUGUGAAUGUAUUAUGACGAUGUUAAAUUUAGUCUAGACCUGACAGUUUAACAGCUGUUUCGCUUUUUGUGAAAACAAUUAUAUUUAUUUAGCUGGGAACUUGAGUUUCAAGGGUUAUAGAUGAAGACUUACUAUUUGGAUUUAUUUUUAUGUUGCAUUCACUCUCCAAGAAGCUUAUUGCCUUGCUUUCUGCCGCAUAAGAAUUAUUUCAUAUUUCAUGUCAUAUUCUAUUUUAUAUAUUCAUUCGAUGAACUAACCACGUUACUUACUUUAUAUGAGGUCAGAAGGAAAAUCAUGUUAAAAUACAGGACCUCAACAUAAUAAAUAAAUUCGAAUACAUUCGUUGUUUGAUGCUAUGACUAACAAGUAAUUAUUUCUUAUCGAUUAACACGCUAUUCUACAUAUUUUCGUUAACGCGAGUUAUUUUUGCCAAGAAUAUUAAGCUUUCAAGAGCUCCGAAUGAAUGUAUCUGUAUUCGUUGGGAAAUUGAUAUUUUUCGGUAUAAUAGUACUCUUUUUAGUGCAUCUAAAUAUUUAUAGGUAGUAGCAACGUAUUAUAAAGUAGAUCGACGUGCGUAUGAGGCUAAAUAAUGCUUGUUCAAAGCAUGCUUUAAAAAUUAGCUUUAAGCUUUUGUGCAAUGAAUGCUUUACAGAUAUAGAGUAAACCACCUGCAAUUCAUGUUUGGCAAUCGCUUUAUGUUUUAUUUAUAUAUUGUUUAUUUUUAUAUUUUCUUUAAUUAUUCGGUUUUCAUUAUCAUUUAAUUAACUAUUUAAGCUAGGCUUUUUGUAUAUUUUUAUGCGUAUCAAUAGUACGUUUAAUAUUAUUCAUAUCAUGUGCCAAAGUAUUGAUAAGCUAUGUAAUUCAUUUUACAGUUUUUUUAUUACUGUAUUUUAGAUAGGUACUACAAUAGUUAACUCUUGUAUCAACAGAUUUUCGUAUUAUAUUUUUCUACCGCAUUUACAACUGAGUGACUGUUAUUAGAAAGUAUUACAAAUAUGAUGUUUCUUUGCAGUUUUCAUAACGAUAUAAGUAAAACGGAAUUUUAAUUAAAUCUAGAUUAUAAUAUGUAAUUAAAGUUUGAAUUAUGGCUGUGUGAAUUUAAGCAGAAUUAAAACUAUACGUAGGUUAUUAUGAAACUUUUAUCCUCAAUGUGGUCUACCUACGUACGUUUAAAUGAUCUCUGUGACUUCAUUGAUAGUAGUUUAAGAUUGAAAUUCAUGUAAUAUUGAUGUUGUGAAAAAUCGCUUAAAGUUUUGAGUGUACUACAAAAAAGUAUUGUAAUUUGUAGUGGGUUUAGUGUAGGAAAACAUGUGUUUUUUCUUAACUAUAAACUGUGAGCUCGUAAUAAGAAAAUUAAAUAGAAAAUCUCAAAAAAUGUUGUAAUCAAUGUUUGUCAGAUUAUCGAUUUUUAACAUUAUUCCUAUUCAAUUUUAAAACAUCUUAUAAUAUAAAUCCGCCUUUUUCAUUCCACGCUUUUUAGUUUUUUUUUUAAAUCGCGUGCUAUUUGUUAUUCUUAUGUAACUUUGUAGAUAUUAAACGAUGACUUACUAAGCAAC